UAAACACCCCAUCAGCUCCUCGUACUCUCUCAGAGACGCUCAGAGAGAGAACACGAUGGCUUCCAUGGGGAUGCAGAUGGCGGGAUGUGCCUUGGCCCUUUUGGGCUGGAUCGGGGUCAUCAUUAUCUGCGGCGCACCCAUGUGGCGGGUCACGGCCUUCAUUGGCAGUAACAUAGUGACAUCACAGACCAUGUGGGAGGGCAUCUGGAUGAGCUGCGUGGUCCAGAGCACGGGCCAGAUGCAGUGCAAGGUGUACGACUCCAUGCUGGCCCUGGGGACUGACCUGCAGGGGGCCCGGGCCCUGGUGGUGGUCUCCAUCGUCACAGGGCUCGCAGGGAUCCUCAUAGCGUUCGCUGGAGGAAAGUGCACCAACUUCAUUCCUAAUGACCGGGCCAAGGCGAGGGCCACUGUGGCGGCUGGCGUGCUGCUGAUCAUCAGUGGACUGCUCUGCCUUAUUCCCGUGUCCUGGACCGCCAGCAUCAUCAUCAGGGACUUCUACAACCCGGUGCUGAUCGACGCCCAGAAGAGAGAGCUCGGGGCCUCUCUGUACAUCGGCUGGGGGGCCGGGGCGCUGCUGGUUUUGGGAGGAGCGCUUCUGUGUACCAGCUGUCCCCCCAAAGAGGAUGAGACCCCCUCGGUGAAGUACCUCCUGAACAAGCCUGGAGAAAGCAAAGUGGAUUCAAUCGGAUCUUACACACCAAACAAAACGUAUAUUUGAGUUUUUAAAGGGAGAAGUUGUUAAGGAAAAGUUAACCCUUUUGUGAAAUAUCUGUACAAAGGACACCCACACAGACAACCCACAAUGAAGGAAACAUGCACUUUGUUUUAAUAAGAUAGUCACACUUUGUAUGUAUGAAGACGCUCUCUGUCUCACAUUGCUUUGAAUAUUGUUGGUACUCUUCUUUGUGAACUUUUAUAUGGUGGUAGUUUAGAAAGUGGUUGGUAUCAGUUGAAAAAUGUUUUUAUUGUAAAUGCACUGUGCACCUUUUUAGUCCAUCAGUAUUUGUAAUAAAUGACCUUCUAUUGUAAACCUCUCCC